AUGGCAGCGCAAAAGAGCGUAUCGCAGUCCAUUCUCGACAUCAUCACGGAAUUUUCCCUGAACAAGUUUGACGACUCGGCGCAGCGCAUCGUCGCCGGCACACCGUCCUUUCUAGCAGUCAUUGACGCGUUCGUCGCGGCGCAGCAAGAGGUCCAGACAUGUCUGCCCUCGUUCCCCUUCAAGUCGGCCAACAAGCAGUACAAGGUCCUUGGGUCUCUCCCCGACAAGGCCGAGGAGCUGGCGCUGGCCCGACUGAAUAACAUGUGCAGGCGUAUCCGCGAGGUGUAUUCUCCAGGCGCCCGAGUGACCAUCAUCUCCGACGGCAUGACCUACAACGACCUGCUAUCCAUCUCUGAUAGCGAGACGUGGCAGUAUGGCGAGGCGUUGCGCAGAAUGGCCCAAGCCAAGGGCUUCAGCCACAUUUCCUUUGCGCGCAUCCGCGACCUCGUCGACUGCGAGCUGCCCGAGAAACUGCGCGAAAUCACCUACGUCGCCAACUGCACCAACAUGCGCCGUAUCCUGCUCAACGAGCACGGCCGUGACGACCUCGACAUUGACCAGGAAAUCGUCGACAACCCGGAUACCAAGCUCACCUACCUCGGCUACUGCCGCUUUCUGGAGUCGGACCUCAAGCACAUCUUCCCGCCCGACAAAGACCGGACGAACCGCGCGUACAAGCGCGAUGUAAAGUACUUGGCCAAGCAGAUGCUCCGACGCGGCUACGCCUUUGCCGGUGCGGUCAAGAAAGCAUUCCCAACCCAUCUCCGCCUCUCCAUCCACGAGUCCCUCGGCGAGCACAAAGUCUCCAUCAGCCUGCUCAACACCCAGACGGGCUUCACUACACCCUGGCACUGCAGCGUCGCGCAGCUCGCCGACGGGGAGUGGAUCAGCGCGCCCAUGGGCGAGUUUCAAAAGGACGACCGCCUCGAGCUCGUGCACGAGAAUGGCCGCCCGAGCCACUUCAAGGAGAAGCCCCGCGGCGCCGACUCGCCGCCCAGCAUCAGCGAGACGUGGGCGGCGUUUAUGCCCGCGGCCAAGAAGUUUAGCCCCUCGUCAGCGGGGUCGUCGUCGCCAACGACGAGCCUGCUAUCGUCAAGGGAGGGCCAAGUUACGCCGGGCGCGUCGCCGCGUGUCCUUGGACUGGGCAUCAGUGGCUGCACGACGCCGGCGGGCAGCUACACGUCGGAGAAUGAGCUCUCGGCCGCAAAGGAUGGCCGCAGUCCUGAUUAUGGAAGACGACUGCUACCGCAGAUUAUCGACGAGCUGGCCGCUUCGCAUCCAGAGCAGAGCUUGUUCUCGCUGUCGUCCAUGGUCAAGAAUGUGCUCGAGUUCCGGGAUGUAUCGGCGAGACAGUUUGCCAACGCGGUCGACAAGACGGCAUGGUGGCUGCAAGAAAAGGUUGGGAAGCCAGCUGCCAUCCAGCCGAUCGGAUAUAUUGGACCCCAUGAUCUUCGCCAUAUUCUUUUGACGUAUGCUUGUGUUAAAGUAGGCUACGCUGCCCUCUUUCUUUCACCAAAGAACAGCACGCAAGGUGCCCUCGCGGUCCUCGAAACUCUCAACUGCCACAUAUGGGCCAAAGCUGGCGACGCGCCGCUGGUUCCCCUCGUACAGGACGUUCUCAAAGAGCGUCCCAUGACCAUUCUUGAUCUACCCUCUCUCGACACGCUCCUCGACUCCGCCAAUACCCCCGCCUACCCAUACAGCAAGACCUUUGCCGAGGCCUCCGCAGACCCCUUCUGCUUCCUGCACACUUCUGGCAGCACCGGCAUCCCUAAGCCGAUCCCCUGGUCCAACGGGCUCAUUGGUACCAUGGACGCCAUCCGUCUGCUGCCGCGCGUCGACGGCGAUCAUGACCUUCUUCCGUGGACAACUGACUGGUGCGCGCACGACCGCAUCUACUCGUCCUUCCCCAUGAGCCACGGCGCCGGCAUCAUCAUGAACAUUCUGCUCCCCGCGCUCUUCAAUCUGCACUGCAUCAUGGGCCCCGUAAACAUCCUGCCCAACAUCACCCUCGUCGAGGCCCUCGCCGAGCAGGCCCGCAUAGACAUCUGGAGCAUGGUGCCCUCGCUGACGGACGAGGUCGGCGAGACGCCCGACGUGCUCGCCAAGCUGGCGCCGUCCAAGUUCAUCUGCGCGUCCGGCGGGCCCGUGAGUCCCGUCAGCGCCGGCAAGGCCAACAAGGUGAUUCGCGUGCUCAACCUGACGGGCACCACCGAGGGGCUCUUCAUCGGCAACCUGGUGCCGCCGCGCGAGGACUGGUUCUGGUUCGCCUUCCACCCGUACUCCGGCUUCGAGUUCAAGCAGCUCGACGAGGACACCUACGAGCACUGGAUCCACCGUGACGAGCAGCAUGCGUCGCUGUUCCAGGGCAUCUACCAUACAUUCCCCGAGCAGCAGUCCAUCAACUUCAAGGACCUGUACAUGCAGCACCCUACGAAGUCGUAUCUCUGGGCGUUCAAGGGCCGCAACGACGACCUGGUGGUGCUGUCCAACGGCUACAAGAUCUCGCCGCUGCAGACCGAGGCCUUCAUUGCCACGCACCCGGCCAUCAACGGCUGUCUGGUCAUCGGCACCGGCAAGCCGCAGGCCGCGCUGCUCAUCGAGCUCAAGGACCCCAACGGCAAGACGGAGGAGAUCCUCGACAGCAUCUGGGACACGGUGCAAGAGGCCAACGCGCAGAUGCGCCACAAGAACCAGCUGCUGCGUGACUUUAUCGCCUUUGCCGAGGCGGACAAACCAUUCGUCAGAGCGGACAAGGGCACCGUCAAGCGGCCUGCGACGCUGAAAGUGUACGAGGACUAUAUUGAGCGCUUCUAUAGCUCCCGCAACAGCGAUAUUCCCGUGUUUGACGUGGAUUUGAGCUCUGUAGAGUCGAUUCAGCAUGAUGUUCGCGAGCUAUUUGCAUCAUACCUGGCCGAAGUGCGAGAAGUGCCUCUCGACGCAAACCUGUUUGAGCUCGGGUUUGACUCGUUGGCCGUCUUUGCUGCGAUCAAGACGCUUCGCAUCGUCACUGGCCUGGCUGAUCGUCUGAGCGCGCGACAGCUUUAUGCGAAUCCUACGUUGGGCGGCUUCUCGUCGGUCCUGCUCGAGCUGUCCAAGGAAAUCAAAGAGCAAGCUGGAAACGGCCAGAUGAGCGAGCUGCAGCGCCUUAUGGCAAAGCACCAAGCGCGACAGUCGUUCAAGCUCAACGCCAUGGACUACGUCAACCCAAAUCACUACAUGGGCCUCGUCUUCUACUUUCCUCUGGCCGACGGUGUCGACUUCCAGCAAGUGUUUGACAACCUGUCCAAGGGCUUAGAUCGCAGCAUGGACUUGAUUCCCGCGCUGGGCGGCAAGAUGGUGCCCUGCUCUGAGCACGAGAUUGGCUACACGAGGGGAGACCUGUGCGUGACGAUUCCGCCUCUUCACAUGGCGUCUUCGGUGCACAACCGGCUCAUCUACAAAGAUUGUUCCGACACGUUGCCCACAUUUGCCGAGCUGCGCGAAAAAGACUUUGUUCCGUCCUUGUUCCGCGACGAAAUCAUACUCCAGCAGGACACCUUUCCUAACUUACCCACCGACAUUGUCAUUGCGCAGGCAAACUUUGUCAAGGGCGGCUGUAUUCUGGCUGUGGACAUGAAUCACUGCUGCUUGGAUGGCAUGGGUGUCAUGAUUGCUCUCAAGGCGUGGGCGGAAAACUGCCGCUACCUGCAAGGCGACGCGACCGCUACGUGCUCGUGGCUCGAUGCCGACAGCUUCAAUCACAGCCUGCCAGAGAUCAUUCACCACCAAGAAGGCUGGACCAAGUCUGCUGAUGAAGUCGACCCUGGCACUUGGGGCUUCCUCCCCUUUCAGCCGGCCGAGGAUGCGCCCCCCAGCAAGUAUAUCCCGACAGCGGGUGAUCUGCCUCCGCCGCCCAAGUACAAACUGCAUUCCAUCUGGCCGCUCCCCCGCGCCGAGCGGUGCAUGAAUACGACUGUCGUAGAAAUCUCGGCAGAAAAUAUCCGGAAGCUCAAGAAGCAAGUGCUGGCCGAUCCCGCAACCAAAGGGUCCUCUGCUUCAGUCAGCGACAUUGUCCAGGCCUUUUUCUGGCGAUCAGCCAUUCGCGCCCGGCGUCAUGUGGCAAAGGCUACUGGAAAUGACACGUCCGACGAGCAAGACGUGUCCAUCUUGGAAUCGCCGACAGAUGGUCGCGCGCACUUUUCUUCGCUGCUGCCCGAGACUUAUAUGGGCAGCAUGCUCAUCAUGAGUCGCUCCGUACUGUCGGCAGAGGAAUUGUGUGCGCCAAAAACAAGCCUCGGCCGUAUCUCGCAGGUGCUACGCGACACGGCAGCCCGCAUCACACCAUCCUUGGUGCACGAUGCCUUUACCAUCUUGCAGUCGCUGCCCGAUCACACCCGUUUCUCGACGGCCAACAUGGGUCUCAAUCAUAUGCACGCCAUGAUAUCGAACCUUAUCCUGUUCCAGAUGAGCGAGAUUAAUUUCGGCAAUAAGCUGUUUGGGAACAAUGGGUCGCCCGAGACUAUGCGGCCGCAGCUGGUGCGCGCCCACGGCCGAUUCCGUUUCUUGAUCAUUUCGCCCAUGAAAAAGGACGGCGCUGUAGAACUUGUCCUGGGCACGUUCCCGGAGGAACUUGACUUUUUCAAGCAAGACGAAGAAUUCAGCCAAUAUGCCAAGGUCGUAGAUGUUUCGCCUUGGUAA